AUGGCAGAAAAGGUAGUCCUACCUCCAAAAAAGAGAUUGCGGUUCAGGUUGACGUCCAACCCCAGCGCGGGAAGCAGCGCAGGUGGCGGAGGCCGAGGCGGCGACGGCGACAGCGCAGCAGCACCGGCCCCCGCACCGCGACGGGAGCCCUCUUCUUUGCCGCCACGUUCGCCGUCGCUACCCAAACCGCUCACGUACAAGCACGGCGCCGGAAGCAGAGGAGAUGGCGGCGGAGGCGGCGACGGCGCAGCAGCACCGACCCCCGCGCCGCGACGGGUGCCCUCUUCUACGCCGCCACGUUCAACGUCGCCACGCAAACCGUUCACGUACAACCCCAGCGCGGGAAGCAGCGGAGGCGGCGGCGCGGCGGGACCGAAACUCUCUUAUUCGGACCCUAAGGACUCCGAUGAUAAAAAGCCAGACGAAUUUCAAACAAGAAAUGGAUGGGGUUCUCUGUUCAUGAGUGAUCCUUCUAUGUACUCGAGUUAUCCACGAAACCCCCCUCAUUAUAUUGGCCGGCAAAAUUGUGAGCCGCUCACCAGACAGAAGUUUCUUUCACUGCACCACAAUUGGCAACAGCUGCUAGAUGGCAAGAAUACAUACCUCCGUCCUCCAAAGAACAACCGUGUUGCCAAGGACAAUGAUGACGACAACAUCUUUGUAACCCCAGAACCUCUUGAGUUGACACUACAAUGUCAGGAGCCACUAUCGCAUUUGGUUUGUGGAGCUGCAGGAAAACCUAUCCCACAGUACAAGUUUAAGAUACUUAGUGAAUAUUAUGCGUGCUUCAGACCAAUGCGAAGGGAUGGGUCACAGUUCUACAGAGCUUUCCUUUUCUCUUACUUGGAAAACCUUGGGAAAAUGCAAGGUAGUCAAGCUGAGGUCACUCGUUUAAUGGAAUGUGUGGCAAGGUCCAGAGUGAAUUUCCUUCGUUUAGAAUGGAAUAAUGCAUACUUCUCAAAUCCAGAAGCAUUUUUUUCAAGUGUUGUUUCUGAGUUUGAGCACUUGGUCAAUUCAGUUGCAAAUGGGCUAAAUGCUGAUGAACUUUACAAGAUAAGCCUACAGGAGAUUUCUUCAUCCAGGAUUCUUUCUUUGCUUAGAUUGCUGACAGAGGUUCAGAUCCGUACAUAUGAAGCGCACUACAACAGAGAACAGAGUCAGAAUCAGAAUGAAAAGAUAAAUGCCCUUUUGUUUUGCAAAGAAUCUGUGCGUCCCUUUGGCGCUGAUGUCAUCUCUUUACAAAUGAUGGCUCUACCACAAGCUCUUGGCAUCCCCUUGCACCUAGCAGCUGUGGAUGGUACCGUGAAUGAUGGACCUGUGCAAGUAAAGUGCAUUGACAUCAUUCCUCGAUCAGGACCUCUCAGUUCAAGCAGAAAAUACUAUCUAUCCAGUGCAACUGAUAAACCUCCAGUCUUGCCAGCUGGAAACUUAUUUUUGUCUGAUCGCAUGCCUCUAGUGAUCUUAUUAAAAUCUUCCAAUGGUACUGCCAUUCUUUAUCGCAAGUGAACAGAUUCUGAGUAUGCAGCAGCCUGUUGAUGGUUCUAACAGGAACUGUUUGGGUGAUAACAUGAAUCUCUAUUGAUAGUCUACUCUAGUAUGGGUGUUUGAUUGUGCAUCUGCUUCCAAAUUGUAUCUGGUUACACUUCUUUGCCCAAGACAAAAAAAUACUCCAUUUGCUGGGAUGUGCUGAUGCACACAGUUUAUGAAAUAAAUUUGGACUUGGCAUAAUAUGUGAGGCACUAUUUCUCUUGUUGCUGGAUACUUAAGGGCACUGGUACCAGUGGGAAGAACACCUUACACUAGGAGCAGUGGAAUAGAUCAGUUAGCAUUUUUGGUUUACUUUUGUUAUGGAUGUUGUUCCCAGUUACUUAAGCAGUUGGAUGAAUGGUUAACAUUUGGUAGGAUCAUAUGAAGGAUUACUUGUUUUCUGAUACAUCAAUAUGCGGUUUGGAUCAUCCAUCUUCAAGGAACAAUAAUACCGUAAUUUGCAGCAUGAAGGAAUUGUUUUGUGAGUCCCUGUUACUGCAGGCUUUCCUUUGGUUGGUAAUGCUUGCUAAAAGUUGGAUUUGUUCUAGAAGUAAGUUUAAAUCGAUAAAGAUGUGGAGUUUGUAAGAUUCUUUGAAGACACUUCUUUUUGAGAAGUAGGGUUAACAUUGACAGCAGACUUAAUCAAAUGAAAAUGCAGUAUGCGAGCAGUCAUUCUUUUUGGAUAAGAAUACCCAAGUGAUUGUGAAUGUCGUGCUUGAUCAGUCUUGGGUAUUGCUGCAGCUUGCAUAGUACAAAUAGGGUUGAGUAGAAGUUUUAAAGCCUGGAUGUUGAGUAGAAAUUUUGCAGCCAUCUGGGAGAUUAAACUGGGAAUACAGAUUUGCUUUAAGUGGAAGGAUAUGGACAUACACCGCCACCUAUACUUGACAUGAUGAGUGGUUCAUGACAUUCCAACACAGACAUAAAAAAUGGACACCUCUGCAAUGUUUGGUGUUGGCUUCCCGGUCUUUUUUUUUAAGAAUUCCAGUCAUUGGAGUUGUGAUCUGCAGAGAACAGACAGCAGAGAGGGAGGGACAGACAAAUACGAAGGUAGCUAAGAGAACAAGAUUCUAAUCUAUCCUCUCCCUCACACUGACCAACACGUAGUGUAUGCUGACUUUGUUUCCCAGCCUCAAGUUGUAUGCCAGAUAUGCUACAGAGGUGCCUGAUGACUGCACGUGCCUGUUGUAGCUUGUGUGGUAGGGCAGGGGACUGCUUAACGACAUGUGUAGUCCUUCCAUAUCUCUCUCUGGAUGAAAUGUAGUCCAUUUGACAAGAACUUGAGCAGCAGCAGAAGAACUGCCUUUUUACCAGUCCUGUGUCCUAACCCAAAAUGGAUUCAGGCAACAGUACUGGCAUAUUGUCCAGAACUCCAGAUCAGGCAGCUGCAGCUCAUGGAUCUCAGGGAACACUGGUGUGUACAAAUGGGUACAAUGUAAGGUCAUUAGUUGUGAGACCUUAAACACAAGGUGAAUCUUACACAGUUCUGGUAGAGCUAAGCAAUAUGUUGUUGAUUCCUUGUGCUUUAGUACUCCAAAUGAGGCAAAGUACUUUUGGAGGGAGCUUCUGGCAUGGUUGGCGCGAUUAAGCAUAACCAACCUGAAAUUGGUUUGGAAAAUGAUGCUUAUCAGUUUGCAUCUUCAUUUUGUUCUAAA